AUGGCUUUCCAAAGGACACACCUGCUUACGCUUCUGCAACAUUUGUCUAAACCUCUCCGUAGGGCCAACGUGCGCCUACUACUGGCAGAAAUACCGGACUACAGGUAUCAAGCCCUUCCAAAAGUGACCUUGGUUUGGGGUGUAGAUUUUGGGGCGCUCCUCGUCCUCGGAUCUGGAGCUAAGCCGGUGCCGCCGGUACUUUUGUCACUUCUUUUCUCGGCCGUGAAGUUUGCCGCUGUCCGGCCUUCCCUUGGUGUCAAGGCGUUUCGGGUCGAUGGUGGCCAGCUUCGAUGA